AUGGUUGGUGGUUGGAUCAGGUACAUGGUGCAGCUUCUGAAUCUUGUUGUCCACAAGCUCGCAGUGCAUGCGCUCCAUAACUUGGGUUUUGGGGGUUCUUGUUCAAGAAUAUGGCAACGUGAUUCCUAUUGGAAAUCUCACCCGUCUUCUCCAAGCAAUGAGUAUCCCCUCUUUGUACCAUCCCAUGAUUACUACUCCAAUGAAGGGAAAAGUUCAUGGACGGGUAGAGACACAACCAAUUUUGGUGUCACUUCACUGAAAUCAGAUGGAAGUCUAGAAGAAGAUUAUCAUGACCUCGACGUUGUCAACCUUUCCUCUUCCUCUCCUCACUCUGUCGAAACGUUCAGAAAUGUGCAGAGAGGGAUCGCACAUCUCAAGCAAAGCGUGGCUCACUUAACAGUGUAUGGAUACAGUUCCUUGUCCAUGGAAGUUCCUUCUGGAGCCUCGAAUUUUGAAGCAUUUGCAAAGUUGCUGACCUCAUUAUCUUCAAUCAAGGAAGUUCAGUCCGCUCUUUCUCUUGGUUUGUCAAGUUCCAACAAACAAAAACACGAGCCAAACAAAUCAGUGUGGAAUUUGAACUCCUCAAGUUCCAGCACCAUGCUGAACAGCUCUCAUAUUCAGCCAACGUCGUGGAACAACAAUAGCUAUUAUAAUGUUCCAAAUCGAGAUCCUAGCUCUAUUGGCGAGUGGAAUUUGGUUGACUAUCCUCAUUUUUCACAUCAAGCUAUGAAGUUCAAUUAUCCCAACGACUAUUGA